AUGACGAGUUUGUGGCCUCGAGAGAUAUGUUUGUACAGGUAAAUAUAGAUAUUUUUGUAAAUAUUUACUGUAUAAAUUUCUCCAAAAAUUACCACAAAUGUUUGCGGUCAUUUUUGGUAAAAUAUACGAAUAAUGACUGUCGUAAUUGUUAUGUAUUGCUUUCUCUGUUAUAAAAUCGGAUUCUAUGAACAUGUCCUAUGCGUUUUCAGACUGGUACUCCCGUCAAAACAGGGAUAUAUUGAGACCACACCAUGGAUAAGAUUCGGAACAGAGGGCAUUGCGCCCGCCGGAGAUAUUGUCCAAAUAUGGUGCAAAAAGGGGUUGAGGACGACCUAUCAGUUUCUUCAUCAUCAGAUUUACAAAGGGUGAGUCGCGGUUGGGUCGGAUAUUUUUGCGCAAAAGGAUUCUGUUCUAAAUUUUUCCUUGUCCCAUAAGAGCGCACUCAACGUCCGGCGCACUCUCCGCAGAGGCCGGGAUUUAUCAUGUCCUUCUUUGUAGACCUUCGUCUCCCAGCACAGAUCAAUUCGCCAAUCACCAUCGUCCAAACGUCCACAUCCUGGUCGUAGACUCCGCCUCGAUGCCACACCUCCGACGAGCUCUUCCAAAUACGAUGGAAUAUCUGUCCAAAGAGAUGGGCGCUGAAUUCUUUCUUUUCCACAAUAAAAAAGCCGCCGGUACUGUUGCACAAAGCCAUGUCUUGCUGAUGGGGAAAUUGGUCGAAAGAUAUAUGAAUCGACCGAAAGCAAAGCCAUUUCCAUGGUUUUGGACAAGCGAGGUUGAGGCGUGCUCUGCGAACAGCACCUUUGUGUUGAAGCACUUCAAGGAAAAGGGGUACAAAGUGCUGUUGAGCGAGGACUGGACAUGCAACUUGUUUUCGAGCUGUCGGAAUAAUGAAACUUUACCAGUGGACCAUUACAUGAGGUGAGUUUAAAGUUUAUGCGGAGAGAUUUGGAAUUUGAUGCCUUAUGACUUUGGAGACCGCUCGUAGGCAACAGAUCUGAUGUCUCCACUUAUCUUCAUGAGAAUCUUGAUCUUUGAGGGGUGAAAAAAUGGGUUUCGGCGGCAUAAACUAUAAACGUGAGCGGACGAAAAAAUCUAGUCUGAAAUGACUAUAGAAAAUCGACAAAAGAAAGCACGUUGCAUGCACGUAAAGGCUUCAAUAUUUUGACAUACUGUAGUUUGGUUUAAGCCUUGGCAGAGAUCAUAAUUACGAAAUAUAAUGGGAUUUUUCGUGAACUGCAAAAAUUUUGCGAAUGCAAGAAAUUUAGAUGUUAAUUGAUUUUUGAGACACAAGAUAACCAUUUUAAUUUCUAUUACAAUACAAUUGGUUUCAAUCCUCUUUACACCCCUUGUUUCAGCCUCUAUUGGGUGAAACUCAAACAUCUUUUUCCCGAAACGGAUGCCUUGAGUAAUUUCGGCCCGGCGGGUAGGAUGUAUUAUCAUUCAAAUCUAUGGCCUCGUUACUGCAUACAACGGCAUGAGGAGAUGUUCAAAUAUCUCGAAGAUUUCAUGGAAAAGUACAAAAAUGAGCCUCAAUUUACGGUGACCUGGUUGGGGUACCUUCAACAUGACUGGAGAGGAGAUUUGUAUCAGCAUGAUCAAAGCUUUCUCAACUUUUUCAAACGCAUUAAAAAUCAGGUGACCCUCGGUUGUUUCGAUUUUUUAAUUCGUAUUUUAGACCGCAGAUUCGCAUUUCUUCUUCCUCGGUGAUCAUGGGAAUCGUUUGUAUGCGGAUAAAACAAUAUUCUGGGACCGGGCAGAAGACAUGAACCCCGCUCUAAUCUAUAUUCCUCCCAGAGAUCUCAAAAAUAAUCGACAAGUCAUGAGGCGGAUACGACAGAACUCUCAGCAGCUCGUAUCCACCAUGGACAUUUACGCAACACUGGUGGACAUUGUAAAGGUAAGGGAAGAGCUACAGGGUCUUACAAAAAACAUGAAGGAAUGUCGGAGGCUAUAACUUCCGGCGGAGACGGCGCAAAGACUUCGUUUUUGGAGCAUGUACUUUUAAGCGACACUAAUUUUUGUCCCCGAAAUAACAAGACUUUAGAAUGCGAAAUGGGGUCGCUGCGACCUUCUGAAGUAAGGGCAUUCCUACACUAGUGUUUUUUGGUUGAAAAUGAUCCAUGAAUUUUGGACUUUUUCGGUUGAAAAUUACCGAGAAAUGUCGGAUUUUUUGGGGGUUUUGUCUCCGAUUUUCCUUCGCGUUUUUUGUAAGACCCUGCAUAUUUCUAAAGCUAAAGCAUUUCAAACUCCUAUGGGCCAACUUUCAUUAAACUUUGAACGUUACGCUUUUGCAUUUCACCUUUUUUUCUACCUUUUCCUCGACUUGAAUGUAUAAAUACACUACGUUGAUUUUAAGGUGUAAUAUUUUAGUGGUUCACCUUAAUUUGCACCCUCUUUUUAGCAAACCGACAACUACACUUCUCCUGAAACCCAGCCACAUCUGGCCGAUCUGCAAAAACUCAAAGGCUCGUCGUUGUUACGAGAACUCAUCCAACCCCGUAACUGCGACACCCUCGACCUCUCAUAUGAGCAUUGCCUUUGCCAAGAUUUAGCCCCCAAGACGCGAACUCAUCCAUUAACGGAAGUUUUAACAAAAGCAGCCAUCGAUUACUUCAACAGUGUGAUUCAAGAGAGCGCUGACAAGGAUAUCUGUGCUGAACUGAAACUAGCGCAGGACUAUGAGCCAUACGUCGAGGAGUAUCAGAACAAUGUCCCGGCCUACCCGGAGGCAAAGGUUUAUGUGGUGACGCUGAAAACGCAUCCUGGGAAUGCGCUGUUCAACCCGUAUGUUAUGGUAGGUUGAUUGCAGAGGUGCCGCAAUUAGGUAAAAUACGAUGUUAUCGAAAACGUCUUCCUUAUCUCCAUCUUCCUCUUUCAGAUGCACAAUAACGGCACAACCGAAGUUGUCUCGUUCGUCACGAGGAAGAACGCAUGGGGCCAUCAAGCGCGAUGUGUUCACGAGAGGCAUAAUACGAUCACGUUCUCGGAGAACUUUUGCUUUUGUAAAAACCUACUUAAUAAUACCAGUGAAGUUAACAAAGUCAAUAACAAAUAA